UUUUGAAUUCCCUAAUUUUUGUUUAAUCCUAAUAUUCCUAUUUCCACCGCGUGAUUGUCGUGCUGCUAUGGGCGACUCCACUGCCACCCCCAUCACACCAACCCUCCACCGCCGCAACUCUAUCGCCGCCGUCACGCCAAGCAAAUUUUCCCGGGAAGCAACGCCGCCACCGUUGCGCACCACCAGCUUGGACCUUGCCUCCCUCAAGUCCCCUUUCACUUCCUCCGCCUACACAUCCCUCAGGGACAUGCUCCCUUCUCCCUACGCCGCCGUCAACUCCCCAACCGCGGCUUCCGCCGCCAGCUCCGGCUACGAGAUCUCCAUCCGCAACCAUCUGGUCAAGCAAGCUGCUUGGGCUUACCUCCAGCCCAUGUCCUCUGCUUCCCCGGCCUCCUCCUCCUCCUCUGUCCCUCGGUUCCUCCGCCGUCUCUGCCACCCACCCUGCUCCGCCAAGCCCCUCGUCACUUGCUUCAGCUUCCUCUAUAACCACCUUGUUUCGGGUGUUGCCUCAAUUUUCCAUCGAAUACUACACACUCUCAGGGGCCAAGUAACCACAUGAUGAUGGUGAUGAUGAUGAUACCCUUCUUCACAAUGGUGCCAUAUUUAUAGCCCUUUGCUUUGUGUAAGAUUCUCUUCAAGAUUUCAGAUUAGGAUACAUAUGUUCCUCAAUUUCUUUCUCUUGGAAAUAUAUGUUCAAUUUUCAACCACACUCAAAAACAUGGGUCAGGUGUUUGAUCAUUGAUGAUCUUGGGUGUGGAAAAAUCAGAUUUUAUCAGCAUAGAGCUUGUAUGUCUUUCUAUGCAUUUGCUUCUCAAAGUACAAAUGAAUAAAACAAUGAUCAUUUCAUCA